UACAAAAUUGUUAAAUUUAGUUUCAUGUAUAUAGUGCUUUUUUAACAAUGUUGUAUUGUCUCAAAGUAGCUUUACAAGAAAUGAAAGAAAUCACAAAAACAAUGUUUUAAAUAAAUAGCAUACAUAUAGGCCCGGUUUCACAGACACGGCUUAGCUUAAACCAGGACUAUACCUUAGUUGAAUUAAGAUAUUUAUGUCGCUUUUAUGAAAAUGCCUUAGAAGAAUACAUUACUGGUGUGCAUCUUGACACGAAACAAUGGCACUAAUAUAUUUUAAGAUGUUUCUGGGCAAGUUAUAUUCAGUUAAGACAGGUCACACAUUCCUUUUAGUCUGAGACUAGCCUUAAGCCUUGUCUGUGAAACCGGGCCUUAGAAUAUGCACAAUUUUAACUCCAAUGAUGUAUAAAUGGAGAAAAACCCUUGUGAACAACAGUAAUAUACAGUUAAAACACACAAUGUUUGUGAAAUUAUUUACUGUUGAGAAAUUGUCUCUUUCUUCAAAUUUAGAGGCAGGUGAAACUCUUUAAACCUGCCCAACCUUAGUCACUUAAAAUGCUUUGUCAUUCUUACGUUACCCUAUGUCUACAAUGACUGCGCUGUAAUCCAAUCCUUUCGGAAAACUGCUUCCUACUUCCCUCUCUUUGUCUCACCUGUAAAUCCUAAAUAUAAGUGUAUCGGUUUUGUGUAAGGCUGAUUGAGGAUUAGAGAGAGAGAUCAUAAUUUAUGGUUUUAUUGACUUGAGUCACAGUUAAGAAAUACUGUAUAGUCAAACUUCUGAAAGCAGGUGAGAACAGUUACGUUUUACUGGCAGACUGAGACAGGUGUGGAAAGUGACUGAAGAAGUGCUUGUUUGGAAAAAUUUGGGGAGUCUGUCAUUGAAAAAUCUGAGAAGAUCUGAAGAAGAAAAUUGACUUCCUCUUUAAGUUCUGCUGACCACUCGCCAUAGGAUGCAGGAGCCACCACUGGUGUCAACAGUUACACCAUCCAGAACAAUACGACACAAACAAGACACAGUGCCCGGCGAUGACGUCACAAGCCACGAAUGGAACGACGGACCGGAAUGUUCAAUCUGCUUUUGUGCAUACGACAACACCUUCAAGACUCCAAAGCUUCUCGAUUGUACCCAUACAUUCUGCCUGGAAUGCUUGGCACGUUUUGUAGCUAUUUCUCUAGAGCAGAAGGGCACCCAGAUCACCUGCCCGCUGUGUCGGCACCCAACGUCCGUGCCUGAACACGGCCCACCAGAUUUGCUCACCAGUCAGGAAGUUUUGGUUCAACUUCCAAUGGACCAGCAACAAGUGGAGAAUGUUUUCCUGGAUGGACAAAAACUGUGCUACUCGAACCCAACGAUACCCAACUGUAUCUGUAUUAACAUCGGGGGGAACAAACAAGAAGAGAACGAAGGGAGUGAAGAGGCAAGAGAGGGCUGUGGAAGCAGGCUGCUGCGGUUUUUGGGUUUUCGUGGUAACUGGAAGAGACUCAUACUGUUUGUUAUGGUUGUUCUUGUACUCCUCUUUGUCACACUUUGGCCUCUAAAGUGUUUGUCCAGCAAGGGUUCUCUGACAGCGUGUCUCAGUAAAGCACCAGUGACUUCGGCACCUCUUACCGUCACUAGGUCUGCAGAGGAUUCAUAAGGCACAAGAACUUAUGAAACAUACUCAUGCAAACCCGGAUGUUGCUACGAUUUAAGCAAAACACUUUGUUGAUAAGUCUGACUGCUGUGAAUAGAACGCUGAUAGCAAAAGCACACCCACUACAUUUACACACUCUAAAGUUGAUAUGUCUAU